CCCCGCCCCGCUGGCGCUGCCGCCGGUGCCCGGUGCCGCGGCAAUGGCCUCGCUGCUCGCCGCCGCCUGCCUGGCCGGAUCCCUCGCCAUGUUCGGGACCGGCCUGUCCGACCUGCACCAGAUGUUGACAACCAAGAGUGUGGAGAACAUCCAGUUCCUGCCCUUCCUCACCACCGAUGUCAACAACCUGAGCUGGCUGGGCUAUGGCUGCCUGAAGCAGGACUGGACCCUCAUUGCUGUCAACACCAUCGGGGCAGCCCUGCAAACCCUCUUCGUCCUGGUCUACCUCUACUACAGCCCUGCCAAGGGCCCUGUGGUGCUGCGGUGCUUGGUGCUCCUGGCCGUGCUGGUGGCUGGUUACAGCUACUUCACCCUCCUGGUUGGGGACACGGGGACACGGCUGGAGCGCUUGGGGCUCUUCUGCAGUGUCUUCACCAUCAGCAUGUACCUCUCCCCCCUGGCUGACCUGGCCAAGAUUGUGAAGAACAAGUCAACCCGCUGCCUGUCCUUCCCCCUGACUGUCACCACCUUCCUGGCCUCCACCAGUUGGACACUUUAUGGCCUGCAGCUCCGUGACCCUUACAUCACGGUCCCCAACGUGCCGGGGAUUGUCACCAGUGUCCUGCGGUUCUGGCUUUUCUGGUGGUACCCACGGGGGCAGGACAAGUCCCACCGACCUCUCCAUGCCUGAGGGCACCCCCAGAGGAAGGGCACCCCCAAGAGGAAGGAGCUCAUGGACCAGUGGAGGAACCUUUGGGUGCCAGCUCCAGCAUGAAGUGGCCUCAGGUGCCACCAUGGUGCUGCUGUCCCUCUGAGCCACAGGGCCACCCACUCCAGGCAGGAUGGGGGCCCCGGGUGGGCACCUCCUGCCUGUGCCACCACCAUCCCUCCCUCCAGCGAUGGUUGGUAUGUGCUCAGUGACACCUUUGGGGGUGCCAGGAGCCCCCCAGCCCCAC